CUACAAUUGUUCUUGUUGUUCCAUUUAACCUCAACUCUCAUCCUUCACAAUUCACUUCCAUUCUCCGAGUGCUUGGAUAGCGAAUUCUAUUAAAACUUACCAUUCAUCCUAUAUUUGAAACCUCACAGUGGGUCUUCCUUUGUUCCUUCCGGAGGUCCAAUUCAAUCAAUCUUCAAGCUCCCCUUAAACAAUGUCUACUUCAGACAAUGAUUCAAUCGACCAUCACUCAGAGCCAUCUAGCCCUCAAUCUCCUUGGGAAUCUCAAUCAGAAUCAGAGUCACUUAUGAAUUCGAAUUACGAGAUAAUUCAACCUGAUAUCGAAUACGAGGCGGAUGGUACUGUGAGCAGUGUGAACAGCGAAGAUUUAGAUCAAGACUGGGAGCAUUUCCGAUCGCCUUCGCCCAGAUCUCCUAUGAUCCCACAACAAGUUUUGUCCACUCAUGGCUCAGAGACUUCCGAUAAUCGAUCGUCAGUUAAUGGCGAGGAAGAUCAUUCUAAGCUCUUUGAUCUCGAACAUUCAGCUUCAUCUUCCUUUAUCAGUCGAUUUACAGAGUCUUCUCAAGAUGGAUCUGAUACAACUUCAGACAGUCUCGCUACUCUCUGUUUGCCAUAUACAUUUCCCGAUCCAACUCAUAAUCCAGAUCCAACUGACAACAAACUCUCCGAUCCAUCUACUCCAGCCUGGCCUCCUGCUUCUGAAAGCCGUUCAGUUGCUGACCCCUUUCAGGAGCAUGAGAGUUUCACCCUUUACGAUCAAACAGCUAGUGAGCUUGGAGGCAUGCUCUACGAAAGAUCCCCGAAUCGGAACUCCGACAGCCCCCAUGUCUCCCAUUGGCCAAAUCUUUACAAAUCCGAUGGUCCUCCUAGUCUGUCGGAAAUUCAUUCUCUAGAUUUGGAUACAACUGGCAAUCAGCCCGGCCUUUCAUCUGAUCCUCAAGUUCUCUGCACUAGUCGAUCGUCCAGUAUGGCCCAAGUCACUUCUCCGGCUCCUCUGUCAGACUCAAUCGCCGCUUCCCAUGAGCUGAAUGUCUAUCUACUUGGGAAGCCAAUGUCGAAAAGCGAAAUCCGUACCUUCCUCAAUAAACUCCGUACGAACUUUGUCGCACAUCCCACCUUGGAAGCCCCUGAUCCUCCACAGGAGUCUAAUAAUCGGCAUAGGUAUAACGAAGCUAUGAUUAGUCUGUCUGAUCAAUAUCGCACGGUGAUUGCACAUUCACUCGGCUCAACUUAUCAGUCUACACAUUCACAAUUGAUGCGUCAAACUUCUGACCUCGAGAUCAUCCUUCACGACUUCACUCGUCUCUCUGAAGAGCGUGCUCAAGUGCAUACAGCCUCACUUCCUGCUCGACCAGCUCUUGUGGUAUACCGAGUGGAUCCUUCGACCUUUUCGAUACCACGCUGGCUCCCGCCCUGUCUGCUGAGCCGUCGUGGUGGUGAUAAUCUCACGAUGCUCAUGUUGGUAUCAGUUCUACCUUCUGGACCUGAUCUCAACAUAUCUGUCAACAUCUCUGUUGAUUCGGAUUCAGCAGAGAUGAAUCGAUCGA